GGGUGCGUAGCGUAACGUGACAUUCCAUUGAGAAGAAGAGGGAAAGAUGGCGUCCUCUAACAAUCCUCGUAAAUUUAGCGAAAAAAUCGCUCUGCAUAACCAGAAGCAGGCGGAGGAGACUGCGGCGUUUGAAGAAGUCAUGAAGGACCUGAACAUCACCAGAGCUGCGCGGUUGCAGUUGCAGAAGACCCAGUAUUUGCAACUAGGGCAGAAUCGUGGACAGUACUAUGGAGGCUCACUGCCCAAUGUCAAUCAGAUUGGAAAUGGCAACAUUGACCUGCCUUUUCAGAAUUCGGUGCUGGACACAAGCCGGACCACCAGGCACCACGGGUUGGUAGAGCGUGUGUACAGGGAGAGGAACCGCAUCACCUCCCCCCACCGAAGACCCCUCUCCGUGGACAAACAUGGACGCCAGAUCGACAGCUGUCCCUAUAGCUCGGUUUACCUCUCCCCUCCGCCAGACACGAGCUGGAGAAGGACAAACUCAGAUUCAGCUUUGCACCAGAGCGCCAUGAAUCCUAAACCACAGGAGGUGUAUGCGGGAGGAUCACAAGAGCUGCAGCCAAAACGCGUCCUGCUGCUGACGGUGCCUGGGACGGAGAACUCGGAGUCUAACGCAGACAAGGAUGGACAGAAACAGAUGUGGGAUGAGAAGAAGGAUGAUUCAUCAAAGCCAAACACAUGUGAUGUCCCUGGAAUUAAUAUUUUCCCCUCCCCGGACCAGGAGCUGAACCCCUCCGUGCUGCCCGCCGCCCACAACACUGGAGGGUCUCUGCCUGACCUGACCAACAUCCAGUUCCCCCCUCCGCUCUCCACCCCCCUGGACCCCGAGGACGCCAUGGCCUUCCCCUCUCUCAGCGCCUCCAACAGCACCGGCAGCCUCACCACCAACCUCACCCACCUGGGAAUCAGCGCAGCCAGUCACGGUAUUCCCUCCUCUCAGCCAAACAUGAACGUCAUGUCUCAGCGCCGCCAGCCCCCAGUGGUGCCUCUGACCCUGACCUCUGACCUCCAGCUGCAGCAGUCCCCCCAGCAGCUCUCCCCCACCCUCACCUCACCUGUCAGCCUCACACAGGCCGAGUCGCUGAGCCUGGAGCAGCAGCUGUCGCAGUACCCCCUGUUCAGCCAGCUGCCCCCCCAGGCCCAGGCUCAGCUCCUCAGUGACCUCCAGAAGCAGCCCCAGAGCCUCCCCCCGGGCAUCCAGCUCAUCGCCCUGUCUACCCCACCCCCCUCAGGCUCCGGUCCGGUCACCAGCCCCUCUCCAGACAGCCAGAGCCAGACCACCGCCAGCAUCAGCAUCAGCUCGUACCGCAAUCAGACAGGCUCCCCCGCCACUCAGUCUCCAACCUCCCCUGUCUCCAAUCAAGGCUUCUCCCCCAGCGGCUCGCCUCAACACAUUCCGGUGGUGGGCAGCAUUUUCGGAGACUCCUUCUACGACCAGCAGAUGGCGUCGAGGCAGACCAACGCUCUCUCGCAUCAGCUGGAGCAGUUCAACAUGAUUGAGAGCCCCAUCAGCUCCAACAGUCUGUUCAACCAGUGCUCCACCCUCAACUACACCCAGGCGGCCAUGAUGGGGCUGACCGGGAGCCUGCAGGACUCUCAGCAGCUCGGAUACAGUAGCCAUGGCAACAUCCCCAACAUCAUCUUGACAGUGACAGGAGAGUCCCCUCCGAGCCUGUCUAAAGAGCUGACUAACUCUCUGGCUGGUGUAGGUGACGUUAGCUUUGACGCAGACUCACAAUUUCCUCUGGAUGAGCUGAAGAUCGACCCUUUGACCCUGGACGGACUGCACAUGCUCAAUGACCCCGACAUGGUGCUGGCUGACCCCGCCACCGAGGACACAUUCAGGAUGGACCGGCUGUGAUGAGGGACGCCCCAAACCAGGAGCCAAAACAGUGAAACUAAAGGAGCGAUCCAGGAGCCAAAACAGUGAAACUAAAGGAGCGAUCCGCAGGGCAGGAGGACCCCCCCUCGAUGCAUGGCUGCCCAGCUGUCCGACCUGGCCCUCGACUCUGAGAAGCUCUAAAAGACUCCAGGGAAACGUGCAGAGGCUUGUCCGGGAAUGGCCUUGCUGUUGUGGAAUGAGAUUGGUCGCUCAGCGCUUUGCUAGCCUGCUGUGUUUACAGUGUACCAUUACAUGCCACAUACUCCAGUACUUGGACUUUAUGUUUCAUAUCACGUCACAUUGGUUUGUGUUGAGCUGUAGCAGGAAGCUGCAGAGACUUGAGGAACGAGCCAGUUGUGUCUAAACCAGAGCACAGCUGGUGGGAAAGGACCUGCCACUAGAGGGCGCUUUACCAUGGUGCCGAUAUGGCGUUCACUCUCAAAGCUUUAUUUUUUACAACCAAAUGUUAUUUUCGUCUGUACUGUAUGUUUGGAUGUAUUUAUAUGUUUAUUUAUUUGGUUAAAUAUUUUGUAUUCAUUUCAUAAUUUAAAUGCCAAAUGCUUUGUGUAGGCAUUGUGUAAAAUUGCACUGAUGUACUAUGUGUCUAUUUAUGAAUUCUUACAUAUUUGAAUAUGUGUUUGUUAAACUACUCGGUUUACAAAGGAGUGUAAAAGGUCCCCAUAGUUGCUGUUGGUGUUAAAUGUGCCAUUCUCUGAACAGGACUUGGUUGGUGUGGGCAGCGCAGUGGUCAGAAGGGGGCGCUUUAUGCCACCUGACUUAACUUUUUCUGAGAAAAUAUCAGGUAUUUCUAUUUCAUUAGAAAGUUAGAAAAUCAUGUUCAAACCCAUGUCCUGUCAAAGCCAGUGAAGCUGGACUGGAGUUUUUAAACAGCUCAGAUCUUUGGUCUUUUUAAGUGGUCACUGUGAAUCACCUGAUUUUGCCUUACAUGAGUGCUCUACUGUUCUUAACGUGACUGCGUAUUACGUAACUUAUUGUACAAUUAUCUUGUAUCUUAAAGAAACUUUUGGUCCGUGCUUUGUGCUUAUGUUGUGAAGGUUUUGACAAAUCAAUGUACUGUAUUUUGUAGCGGUACGAUUUAUAGCCAAAUUGUUGUUUUUUGUUUGCUUUUUCUAAAGUGGGACAAAAACUAAAAAACUAGAGGUUUAUAAAAGAGUAUAUAGAAGAGUAAGGUGCAAUUAUGGGGAUGCUUUUAGCUCCUUUUACAGGGAAGCUCUCACAAAACUAGAGCCGACCUUUGCUCCGUGUGGAUGGCACCACUACACGACGUCCAGUAUUCAAUGCCAACAUGCCUUCAGAGAUUUAAAGACACUAUUGCACAACUAGAGUUUAUUGAAAAUUCAAACUCAGAUUUUGAAUUUAAAAAGUCAUAUGUAAUAUAUUUAACUAUUGAAAAAGACUUAAAGCUCUUAUUAUAUUGAAAUGCAGGAGAUGUUAAAGCGCCUAUACCAAACUUUUUUCAAUUCUCUUUUUAAGUAUGUUGUAUCAGCAGCUAUUCGUGAACAAAAAUGACACUAAAUAAAUGGUAUUAUACAUUUUAAAAACAUAUAGUUGGAUAAGAACCAUGUGGAGACAGCUGCCAUGUAGUUGUUUCUCGAUCGCGGUUCAACAUCUGAGAGAAUAAGCACUAAAAUUGGGCUAGACUAACAGUUCAGAAUUAGGUGCAGGCCCUUUAACUUGCAUUAUAUCGAUGUGUUGAUCUAUUUCGCACGCUACAUUGUACUGGAACAAGCAGCGCCACAUUGUCUGCUAAGCCUGGAGCAAACUUCUGCCUCUUGUUUGUUAGAGUUUCCCUGACUGUUGUGUGGUAAUAGUGGGAUCAUGUUUGAGGUAUUUCUACUGGUUGUGACUAAAGUGACUGCUCAUCCACUCAGCACAGAGAGAAUCCCCCAUCGUUUCAGCUGCUCACGUUUCACUGCCCUUUGAAUGGUUUCUGUUAGCUGUUUGUUUGGUUUAGCCUUCAACACCUCCGCGAUUCCUAUGCAAAUAUCACAAAAAAAAGAGCUCG